AUGCCGACGCUCGCUGUCAACGCGCCUCUGAACGCGCCACCCAUCUCUUUGCCGAAGCUCAGUUCAGUAUGGCGAAUGAGCGCAGGCCUAUUCACUUCCUCAUCGUAUCCAGCGAACAGCCAUGACCCUCGACUCGCCCGACCACAUACAGCCGAGUCCACAACACCUCGAGACUUUAUCAAUGCAUCUCCAGCCUCCCAAUUUGCCGCAUGGUCAGACUUUAUGCACAGCCCCACUCCACCUGAUCGCACCGCUACGUUUAGCAGCAACUCAUCUGCAUCAUGCAACAGCUGCUCUCGCCCCAACAUGAAAAAGAUCCGAAGCCAGGAGAGCAUCCGUUCGUCAACAUCUGCUGUUCCAUUCGACGCCGAGAAUUCUACCUCUUCUCAUCACAGCACCAUCCCCGUUCCAAAAGUGAUCAAGGUCAAGCUGCGUUCCAAGUCCAAGGCUAAUCAAGAGCCUGAGUUUGACAACGUGUUUCUUGCUCAGGAGCUCCGUUGCUCAUCGACAUCGAGCGCUCCCGGUAGCUCUCUCAACAGGAAAGUAUCACAGGCAAGAAGCCCUUCUCUCGCCCUAGAAGACCUUCCGGCGAACCGCGGUGCCGAGUCCCGGCGCAAGCGCUCUAGUUGGGCAGCUCGUCGCCCCACAUCCCCACAAACUUUCCUCGAUCGGCAUUACGCAAACCACCCAAACAACGCCGUUCGCAGCUCCGAUGAUCGGGAGGACGACGAAUCGCUAUACAUCCGACCACCCAAAGUGAACCGUCAGUUUAGCACCAGUAGCUAUCUCACCACUGCCUCGUCUACCACCACCUCCUCUUCGAAUGCUGGCGAGGCGGUCGCACCAAGAUCGCCACGCAUGCCUAGCGAGGUGGACGAGGCUGGAAGAGUCAAGCGAACCAAGUCGACAAUGCCCAAACGCAAAACGUACGCGUUGCAAUUCUCGCUCGAUGGUCGAUAUCUCGCAGCUGCUGGCUCUGAUCACCUGAUCCGCGUCUAUGAAGUCAUCUCGUCACCGGCGGAUCGGGCUGAUGAGAUCGAGUUGGCACAGAUGCAUCGUGCAGAGCAAGCUUGGCAGAAGAAGAUGUCGUCCGCCUGUCCUCAGGGACCUCAGGGCGUGUGCGGGUCGAUGCGAAGCAACACAAAAAUGGACGUCCGCGCUGCAACGCCCGAGCUGGUACCCGUGUUUAAGUCGACUCCAAUCCACAUCUUUCAAGGUCACGCUGGCGAUGUCUUGGAUCUAUCCUGGAGCAAGAACAAUUUCCUCCUCAGUAGCAGCACCGACAAGACAGCCAAGUUAUGGCACCCGAACCGUAGCGAAUGUCUCUGCACGUUUUCAACAUCUGCCACCGUUUCGUCGGUUGAUUUCCACCCUACGGACGAUCGCUUUUUUGUCAGCGGCGGACUGGACGGCAAGUUGAGGCUCUGGAACAUCGCCGCUCGACGAGUUCAAUCGAUCAAUGACGUGCCGGGUGUCAUCACGGCGGUUGCCUUUUCGUCGAGUGGCUCGUCUGUUUGUGUUGGUACUCACUCGGGUUCCAUGUUGACCUUUUCGUGCACCGACUCGCUCACUUUUGUCAACGCGGUGACGGUCAAAUCUGCCGCUGCUAGCAAGACCGCAUUGGCAAGCAAGAUCACCAGCAUCCAACCCAUCAAGCUCGACGUAACCGCCACCACCGACUCUGCCGCUCCGCCAAGUGCACGCGAAUACAUGACAGUCACCUCAAACGAUUCUCGCAUUCGAAUUUACUCGAUCGUUUCACGUCGCAUCGUCUCGCGCUUUAAAUCGACGAGCUACAUCAACCGCUCGAGCCAGAUUCGUGCCACUUCGUCGUCUGAUUCGCAAUUCCUCGUAUCGGGUAGCGAAGAUGCUUGGAUUCACGUGUGGAGCCUUGCGAGCAACGCAUCGCUCUUCGCUGCACUUUUCGCCGGCAUGAAGCGCAACAAGUCGACUCUUAGAUCUCCAGCUCAAGCACGUGCGUCGGAUGCAGGCGACAAUUCGACCUACAGAUCCUGGCAAGCAGGCGCCGGCAGUGUGAGGUGCGCUAUCUUUGCUCCCGCUGCUACCAGCGCGCUACUCGCGCUAGCACACGACCCCUUGGAGCUGAAUCACGCUACUCCCGGCUCAGCCGUCAGAUCGAGGAUCAUCGUUUCAACCGACGACUCCAAUAUCAUCCGCACCUGGAGGUGUGAUCCCCACCGUCGUCUCUUCUAA